UUUAUUACUUUGGCUUCCACCGCUGAGUGUCGCAAGCGGCGCACGAAGAAAAGUCCCGUCGCUGUGGUCAACCCGUUACGAGCCGACAAUUGUCACAAACUGCACAGUGGCCCCACGGUGCUAGUCGUGCAUCUUUUUUUUUCCCGCGACCGCAGAGGCGACCAUGAGACAUGGAAAGAAGAUCGCGCUUCAGGCACUGGCACUUUGGAGGCAAAUUUUAAUGGUCCUCAUUCCCAUCAUUUUACUUCCGUUACUCUUCUUCGAAGACGUUCAGAAAGCUCGCUGUGCAUAUGUCGUCAGCAUCGUGGGCCUUUAUUGGAUUGUGGAGCCCAUACCUUUGGGAGCUACAUCACUCAUUCCUAUUGUCCUGUAUCCGAUGCUCGGUGUUCUUACUACGGAAAGAACAUGUCAACUUUACAUGAAUGACAUAAAUCUUAUGUUCCUGGGCACCCUGAUUAUGGCCGUCGCCAUCGAGCAUUCUCAUCUGCAUCAAAGGAUCGCCCUCAAGACAUUGUGUCUGUUAGGCACCGGCAUCAAGAUGCUGGUUUUCGGCUUGAUGUUCAUCUCCAUGUUCCUCUCCAUCUGGAUCAACAACGUGGCCAUCACUGCCAUGAUGAUGCCCGUAGUAAACUCGCUUGCGCACGAGCUACUUCAAGAGCGGCGUAGGAGCCUUUCGCUAGGAAAUAUCGACGUCGAAGGAUUGGCAGAACUGAGAGAACGCGUUGCGGCCAAAGCUGCUGCUGCUGCUGCUGCUGCCAGCAACGGUAACGCCAAGCUCCUCCAACACCAGGAUGGGAAUAAUGACGACUCCGACGUAGUUGUUCCUAUGAAGAUGCGCAACCGGAAUUCUUUCCUGGACAAGACAACCGAGCACCGAAUACGUGCGAUCCUCUACCUCAGCGUUUUGUAUGGUGCCAACACGGGUACAAUAUCAACCAUCACGAGCGGCGCAUCAAAUAUUGUCUUCAAGUUUGUGAUCGAGGACUUGUACGGAGAUCGGGCACCUGUUGACUAUGCACUGUGGAUGUUUUUUGCACUGCCAACAGCGCUUAUCGGAACUGGCCUAAUUUUCGUCGCCGUGGUGCCUGCGUUCUUCCGAUGCAAGAGCCCAGACCUUGGACAAGAAAGCCGUAGCCACACCAUGACCGCCAUUCGUCGGAGCUACGCUGCACUGGGCCCAGUGAAGUUCCACGAGGUGGCCGUUCUGCUGCUUUGCAUUCUUCUAGUGUUCCUCUGGCUCUUCCGGGACCCUAUGUUCGCCAGGGGAUGGGCCACUUAUUUUGGCACCAUAAAGCCGAAGGAUGCCACAGCCGUCACCAUACCGGUGAUCCUGCUGUUCAUGAUCCCUUCCAAACCGUGGGAGGGCGCCAGGAGUCCUUCUCUGCUCUCUUGGGAAAUGGUGCAAGCUAAACUACCGUGGAGCGUCAUUCUACUUAUUGGCAGCGGGUUCGCCAUCGCCGAAGGCAUGAGGGUUUCUGGGCUGUCGGAACUCAUGGGCCAAAAGCUCUCCACCUUGGGCCACAUGCCUCCGAUUCCACUCAUGAUCUGCCUGAGCAUCGUCUCUUCUUUCAUGUCUGAACUAGUCUCAAACUCAGCAACGUGCACCGUUCUCCUGCCAGUUUUUGACGAGUUGGCCAAGGAUCUGCAUGUCAACCCGCUGCUGUUCCUGAUCCCGGCGACUAUCGCCAGCAACUACGCCUUCUUACUGCCGGUAGGAACGCCGGCAAAUGCCAUGGUAUACGAGCAGGGUCGGCUCACUUUGAUGGAAAUGGUGAUACCUGGAUUCCUGGUUAAAACUAUCACCAUGGCUGUCACUGUUGUACUGACUUGCGUGCUUGGUGACCCCAUCUUCGGCAUGUUCCAAGAAGCUGAAUGGGCGUCGCAUGCCACAGUGGGCAACUACAGCACGAUUCGCCCAAUUCUAAGCUAGCGCUUUUCUGAAAACCUUAAACGUGGACACGUAGCAAGUCAAAUCAAAGGCGUUUGAAGGGGGCUCUAAAAUUGUCAUGUCUGAAAUACAAAGACACGGCAGUGUCACAAAAUCAGACGCGUGAGUGUUCUACCUGGUGUUCGCAUUUUUCAGUUAUUUGUGUGCUUCCGUUUUACCUAUAACAGUGCAGUGCCACAAAAUAGUGCAGUACCACUUUCCUCUACUUUUGGGGCACUGCAGUAUUUUUUCCAUAAAUUGGCGCCUCUUUCCAUAAAUGGCGCCAAGGUCCUACAUGCCGUUUUAGAAUCGUUUGUUAGGGCAUCGUAACACACACGAAAAUCACGUUAUAUUUUAGUGCGCCCUUUUUUCUUGCUUUGUCAUCUCUACUGAAACAUUACAGGAUGCUUUAAAAGAACGUCAGCUGACAAUAGCUUUUGCUUUUCACUGCACACUUAUGUGCCUUUCGAAACAAAAGGCGUCAACGGAAGGCUGCGCUAAAGUAGUGGCAAUGUUUCAUACACCUGUUUUUUGCAGGGAUUUAGGUAUGGAGUGUUUGCAAUUCGUUAGAGUACUUUUUAAAGUUUAGGUAUUGCUGAAGGAUGACAAAAGUAUAAACACUGCGUAUACGUUUACCUAAGGUAAAGCACAAGAAAAAUUUCCCCCACAGGAGAAGGGAGAACUGGGACCAGAACACUUGAUGCUCUCACGACGCGGCACUAGUUGGAAAAUGAGAGGAAAGCUAGUGCGGCCGUUAUUAACGGCAUUUCUAGGCGUGUCCAAGAUCCGUUUAUCACCGCUGCAAAUGCUAGUCAUUCUCGCCGAGCGUUCCAAUAAACUGUAGAAGAAGCCGAGACGUUAUUAUAGGAAGUUAACUGGAAAAAAGGUUCAAUGACAAUUACCCGAAUAUCCAAAAUUACCGCAAGAACGACCUCGGUGUUUUCUUGUGUAAAAUGCAUCCGGACAAUGUAUGGGAUGAACUGCACGUAUUAGGGAAUGCUUCGUCAGUCAGUGUGACCACUGUGAAAUGAGGACAACGACGAAUGUCAUGCUCUGUGCACAGUGAGAACGGUGUGAUAAAGUGCAGCGCUAAUCGCGUAAUAAAACAGUUCCAAGACGAA